AUGACUGAUAUCCGCACCCGCUUUGAGCGCCUCUUCAUCACCCUGCGCCAAACACCACAUAUCGAAGUGCUUGAUGCUGAAAUCGGCCCACCCACAAGCGAGGAGGAAAUCCAGGCCGUCCUACAACGCACAAAGGGCCAACUACCCACGGGCGUGGAGACCUUUUAUCGUGCCUUGGGCUGGGUGAGGCUGGAAUGGCGUCACACGGUGCAGGAGAUCGCGACAGGGAACAUGAGCGAUCAGGGUUUUAUUAGGAUUCUACCUAUAAAGGAGGUGUUUGACGAGUGGGAAGGAAUCAUAUGGUGGGCAGAAAGGGAGGGGGGGAGCGACGACGAUGAUGAAAUUGCUGAGCGUCAACAAUUCCGCUCUGUGAAACCAUUUGACAUGUUUGUGCCGGAGGCAUGCGUUGCAUUCCUCCAGCCACCUCCAUGCCGUGGUGGCAGCGACAACUCGUGGGGCCAGCCUAGCGAACACGUUGCUUUUCACUAUUGUGGGGAAGAGCUCUACAAGACACGAUACUCAUUCGACGAGUAUAUUGAUAGACUGCUUGCCUCACGAGGUUUCUGGUACUGGCCCAAGACCCUGUGUACUGAAACACAGGACAAGGUAGAAACACAGGACUUUCGGAAGAAGAUGCCGCUGCUUUUUGAAGAUUACGAUGAGGAGUUGUUUCAGCCUUGA